GAUGGUGUUGUUUCAGGAUCUAUGGCCUUGCAUCUUUUAUUACUGGCCAGCCAUACAUAUUCUACCUUGUGGCUUCCUACUGACCUAGACAUCUAUGUUCCCUUUUGGUCAGAGAACCUCAUAGCCCGUCUUUUGGUUGGUCAGGGAUAUCAUCUGCAUGAGCUGGCUUCUGUUGAUGUGGCUGUGUAUGCAGGGACCUCCAUCCAUUCAGUAUGUGCUUUCUCAAAGGGUUGCUACAAGAUUGAUGUCAUUGUCUCAGUGAAUGCUGCCUGCAUUGUACCUGUUUUCCAGUUUCACACCACUGCUGUCAUGAACUUUGUCUCCACAGAUCACAUAUUCUGUGCUUAUCCUGCUCUUAAAAUGCAGGCAUGCUCUCAUGUCAAUCCCACACUCCUCUAUAAUGGUGGACUGCACUGCAAGGCCAUUGCCCCACUGCAGAAAUACAUGUCAUGUGGUUUC